AUGGCGGAUCAGGCUCUUCUUCAACCUUUCCUAGCCAAACCCGCCGCCAAAGACUCAGCAUUGGAGUCAGAUUCAGGUAUCUUUAUUCGGAUCUUCUCUGUUAUUCUCGUCGUAGCGAUCUCCUUGUGGGCAAACCACGAGGCGUCCAAAGGGUUCUCCAUAACCAUCAUCAACGAAGCUAAAGAAACUCCUUCCGGUGAAAGAUUCUCCCUUUUCUUCGAGUCUGACGAUACCGCGGUGCGUGUCUUGCUCGAGACGAGCUUCUCUGUGGAGAGAUUGCUCUACGACGGUGUUCCUCAUCGUCUCCGGAAGCCUGUGAACCACAUUACCGUACGGUUCUAUGGAAACAGAAGCGAUGUCUCGGUAACUUCUGACGCAAGUAAUGGAGAGUAUGUGAUCGGUUUAAGCUCAUCUCUAACGGGAAUAAGUGAGUUUCGUAACGGUGUGAGAGCAGCAUUGCGACGAUCUAUGGUUAGGAUUUGGCUAUGGGGAGACAACGAGUCAGGGGCUUCGCCGGAGCUUGUGGCCGGGUUAGUGGAGUAUUUGGCCGUGGAGGGUGGAGAACGUCGUCGUUUUGAUGAGUUAGGUGUGUAUCCAAAGGAUAAGGAGUCUGCGUAUGUGGUGGCUAGGUGGUUGGAUUACUGUGAAAGACGUAGCGAGGGUUUCAUCAGACGGUUGAACCAUGGGAUGAGACUUAGGUGGGAUGAUCAGACGGUGGAUCUUGUUUCGAAUGGUGCGUGUGGCUCACGUAAGGAUGUUGUUGCGUGAGCCAAAAGACGAAGAAUGACAGUGGAUUUGAUCAUUGAGAGGAAGAACAUGAUUGGCUCUCCUGCCGUCUUAUUGGAGAACACAUGGCUCCACGUGUGUAAUUAAAUUGUUCAGUGUAUAUAAUUCAACGAUUUUGUGUGGAAAUGACUUGUUUUCUCGGAUAAAAUAAAGGCUUUAUAAGUUUGGUUUGUUAAUUAUCAGAGCCCAGUUUUUGGUGACUGAAUACUUUUGAUUUACAAUUUUCUGAAAUGGGCCAAGGCCCUGUUAGUUUUUAUUUUUAA